AUGGAGGAGGCGGUGGUGAAGCAGGGCUGGCUGUACCUGCAGCUGCAGCAAACCUUCGGCAAGAAGUGGAAGAAGUUCUGGGCCGUGCUGUACCGGGAAAGCCCGUGCUCCACGGCGCGCCUGGAGCUGCAGGAGGGCCCCGAGCGGCAGCGCAAGGCCGAGGGCGGCCGGCGCCUGGUGCGGCUCAGCGACUGCGUGCACGUGGCCGAGGCGGGCGGCGACGCCUCCUGCCCCAAGGACACCGUGCCCUUCCUGCUGGAGACCACGGAGCGGAGAUUCCUGCUGGCUGCUGAUGGCGCUGAGGCGGCCGAAUGGAUCCAGCGGCUCUGCGAGCUGGCGUUCCCGAGGAGCCGGGAGGAGCCGGGAGCAGCCAAGGAGGGCACGGAGGGCGAGUUCUCCAUGGAGGAAAAUUCCCUGUACAGCUCUCGGGGCAAAGCCGGCCUGGAGCAGGCGUUUGAGGUGACCGUGCGGGUGACGCCGUCGUCGCAGCGCUGCCGCCUCCGGGGCCGCUGCAUCCUGCGGGCGGGCGAGGAGGCGCUGGAGCUGCGGCACCCUCAGAGCCAGGAGCUGCUCUCCAGCUGGCCCUACCGCUUCCUGCGCCGCUUCGGCCGCGACAAGGUCACCUUCUCCUUCGAGGCCGGCCGGCGCUGCGCGUCCGGAGAGGGCAACUUCGAGUUCGACACCAGGCAGGGCAACGAGAUCUUCCAGGCCAUCGAGGCGGCCAUCGAGCUCCAGCGGGGCCGGGGGGGCCCCUCGGACGAAGCCCCGCGGCCGCCGGACCACGCCAGGACACCCAGCUGGGCACCAGGCCACGAGGAGCCCAAGGGUCCCUCCGGGGACCCCAAGGUGCCCAAAGGGGAGGGCAAGGUGCCCAAGGGCAGGUUGGUGAUGCCCCCCGGCGCUGGGGAGGGCUCGGGGCCGUCGCAGGUGUCACGGGGUGGGGAUUGUCCCUACGCCGAGCCCCGCGAUUCGCUGCGCCCGCCCGACAAGGCCCGCAGGCCGGACGGCGCCCGGGUGGAGUCCGAGUACGCCGUGCCCUUUGACGCCAUCGCCAAGGCCUUGCUGGCGCGCCAGUUCGGCGCCCUGGGCUGUGCCCACGAGGGGCUCCCCGAACCCCCCAGCGUCCCCAGGGAUGCUCAGCAGCCCCCUGGCCGCCCCACGGCCCCCAAACCCGAGCACAUCUACGACGAGCCCGAGGGGCUCUCGGGGCUCUCGGGGCUCUCGGGGCUCUCGCUCUACGAUGAGCCCGAGGAGGUGAAGGGCGAGGCCUGGAGGCUGCAGGCGGCCCCCGAGGAGCCCCCCGGGCUCGGCUCUCCCUACAACGCCCAGCGCGACGACUACGCUGUCCCCAAGAGGCCCUUCCUGCUGCAGGGCAAGGAGUGGCUCGGCGACAGCGACUAUGACAACGUGGCCCUCAGGGUGGCCAAGAAGAGGAACCUGCAGUGA